AUGCGUCUCCCUGCGUGCCACUCCCACACCACUAUGAACUGUGAGCAGGACUUUGGAGAUGGGGGCUUGGGAGUGACCCUCACACUACGACUGCUCAUGCAUGGAAAGGUACGAGGCUCCUGCCCUCAUUGUGCAUGAAUGAGUGAGUGCAUGCUGAGGCACUUUGGGCUCUCUUAGGCACAAGAUUUGCCGACACGUCAUAAAUGAUAAAGCGAGUUCGUAGAGGUGGUAAAUUAUGGAAUGUUGCUAUAAAAAUUAGAAGUGGCUUUUUGUGAGAUUGUCUUAAAGAUUUGUAAUUUCCUUUCUCUUUUGACUUAUAGGAGGUAGGCAGCAUCAUAGGAAAGGUGAGUAUUCUUAAUUCUAUUCUAUUUUAUGAUUGUUUUACAUAGAAGUGUAUGUGUUGGUGGAAAUCUGUCAUGGAAAUUGUUAAAAAAAAAAAAAAAGCUGUUUCUGAAGCAGACAAUUAACAACAACAACUAUUACUCACUUCUACUCAGUUACAAAUGACUUAGUGGAAAUAGUCUUGAUGCUGAUGUUCUGGUUUGCUUGUGCAGCUUGUAUGCAGACAUCAACUCUAAACAGGUGCUUUAAACAGGGUUCCUAGACAAGUGUGAUAAGUAUGGAAAUAAUUUGAUUAAUUUCCAGGUCUUAAAAAGUAUGGUAAAUGAAAAAAAAAGUAUGGAAAAAUAUUUAUGUUAACAUACUAUAUUACCACAGUCAUAAAAUACUGUUUUCUAUUAUAGAAAAGUAGGUAUUUCCAAAUAUAAGUCUAAAGAGUAGGGUAUGGAAAAGUAUGGAAAUUUCAACUGUGUAGGACCCUGAUUAAAGGGCUUUGAUUUUUUAGGUUUUCAUAGCUUUUGCAAUGUUUUAUUCUCUGACAUCUAUUCUACAGUGAAUUUAAAGGAGAAACAUUUCUAAGCAGCAAUUGUAAUAGAUUAAGAAUUAUACAUAGAAUUAGAGUUGUAUUCAGCUGGCUUAGGCUUUUAGUUUAACUUUAUUAUAGUCCAUAAAUGGGCCCCGUGUUCACUGAAAUAUACCAAAGGAGAAAGUCAUGAAUUAUACCGUCAAAAUGUUCAAGCCUGAGUUGCUGCAUCACAUCCCUCUCAGAGUCCAGCUCUGUGGAUCUGGAAUCUUUUCAUUUCUUCACUAAUACAGUUUAACAUUUUGUAAUUUUGAUUUAGGUUCCAGAGAGGUCUGUAUUUUUCCUCCAGCUGUGCCCUGAAUAGUCAUAGCAGGAUCAGGCUGGACUCCCAUUUAUAAAUAUUGGAUACUGUUUAGAGGGUUAAGCUGCAAUCGUUUCAUUAAAGUGUUUUUCUGUGUGUGUGAUUUUAGUAGUAAUCAGUGAUAAUAAUCUUUUGUCUUUAUCCAGACGAGGUAAAUUUGCUUGUGUAAAACCUUCAGUACAUUUAUGACUAUUUUUUAUUGCUCUAAGCCGUUUAUUUUUGAGAAAAGACCCUUUAUAGAUUUAUAGUAAGCCUUUAUAAAAAAUAAUUUCCUGUUUGCCUUGAUUCCCCUUUUUUAAAACCAACACAUUGCACAAAGCCGUCCAAAAAAACAAUUGCUCUUUUGAAUAUCCCAGUCCUGAAUGUAAUUGCCUUAUAUCAAAACCUCUUAAGGCCUCCGCCACCCCCUCCACCACCCGUAAUGCAGCACAGUAAUCCAUCAAACAAAAACAUCAGUGCAUUGAAGGCAGGCCCCCUGUUGAAACUGAGCUCCUAAGAUGUAUUACUGUUGGCCCCUUGUGGCACUUUUAGCGUCUGUCUGUGGAGGGGGGGGCAGGCUUCUUGUGUUGCUUCAGUGGCUCCUGCUAUCACGCCCUGUAAUACAACACCUACAAAAGACAUCAAUAGAAGCAGGAACAGGGACGAAUGAUGAAAAAAACAAGUGCUGGAGAGAAAUGUCACAAUGGAUGCCGCAAUGUGUUGCAGAAAUCAGGAGCAAAUAGAGACUGAAAGGAAAAUGGAGAGAUGAGCUUGGCACACACCGUGCAGCUCGACAGAGAGACACUUGAUCUGCAGUACUCGAGCUAAUAACUUGCCACUCUAAGCUCCAAGCUUUUCCUCCCGUGCUUUCUCUUUGGCAAACCUCUUAUCACCCUCCCAUCAUUACAAGACCAACACCAAAGUAAGGAUGGACUUUUCCUUAAAAAAAAACACACAGUGAUGUGACACUGUUUUGAUGCUACUGUAAGGAAGUAGUCUUUAGUUGCACAAAGGUACGAACAGAGGUGUGACAGCUUGAACGCACAAAAGCCAAAAAGAACCAGGAGGAAGAAGAAGCCGAAAAACCAACAGAGGACAAGAUGUUGACGAAAUGUUCUUGUCCCUGGCAGGAGAUCUCUGAGCACACUCCCUAUUCAGCCAUCUGGGAAUUACACACAGCGCUACGUUUGAUAUACUUUAGAGGCUUUGAAGCUCUUUUUUAAAAUCUCUUCUGCAAAAUUCUCGUCAGAUUUGUGUGGUUUUAAAUGUCAGGUUUCACUUAGAGGUCAAGGAAGACAUUUUAAACAAGGCACAUUUGAUUCAAUUAAAGCCUCUCUCUCUCCAUCUCCUCUUUUCCAGAAAGGGGAGACAGUGAAACGAAUACGAGAAGAGGUAAGAAAACUCCCAAUAAGUAACUUUUCAUCAUGUCCUCUAAUAUAUAUUUUUAGAGUACUGUCUUUUUCUUUGACUGCAGCUGGAAAAUCCAUGUCAAAAGGUGUUUAAUACUGUUUCAGCUUUCUAGCAUGUGUAUGUAUUAAUAAUGGUACUCCUCUGUUUGUCUGAAAACACCCUGAACAGCAACAUUGUCAAACUUGCCUCCUGGGCGACAACAGCACCUUUUCAAUUUAAAUCAUCCCUCCUCAUGAUUCUCUUCCUUAUCUCUGGCUGCUUUCUCACUAAAUCCCUUUUCUUUCCUUUCUUCCCUACAACAACUUCCUUUUUAUCUCUGUUUGCCCCUCCAUUCUCUCUUUAUAAAUCUCAAGGGUACAGCCAAACUAAUACCGCUUGGUUAACUCUUUGUAUUAAAACGUAAUUAGGCUGACACUGUGCUACUACAUUUGAUUCUCUGGCUGUGAGGUCUUAAUGUUUUACUUUAUGAGGCAGAAGGAUAAACAGAGGAGGAGUGAGGUCACGGGACGAUACAGCCUUGAAGAACGGCUGGGUGAACCGCUCGUCCGACCAUUCACCCGUUCAUUCAUUCAUCCGGCUUGUUAUGAGCAUUUGUUACAUCUCAACUGUACGGCCCUCAACCUGUCACUCACUCCUCCGGGGCCUUGAAGCCUCAGAGGGAGCAUGACUCAGUGGAGUGACCGGAGAAAAUGUCACAGAGGUUGGGGCACUGUCCUGUGUCUUCUCAUGUGACUAUAACUCAGAGAAACACAAGGGCACAAACUGGAAGAGGGGGAGGGGAGGAGGAUUGAUCGUCUGAGGGCGAAACGGAGAAGAGACUAUGAGAUAGUCUCUCAGAGACACAGAAAUGUGCUGUUUGGCUUCUCCUCUCUCCUACUUUACUUCCUGUCACUUGACUUGACUCGACUCUGCACUGUAAAACACCCCUCUCGCUGCUUUCAGAUCUUUUUAUAGUUGAUAACAUGGCCACAAUAAGAUGAACAAAAUGGUUGGCUAUUUUAGGAGAUACUGCGUACUUUCUUUCCGAGAACAGUACCACUCACGUGUUGGUACAGUAACUACAUUCAAACCUAGUUGGCACUUUAGAACACUAAAGAAGACAGUUAGCUUGGUUUAGCAUGAAGCUAACUCAGAAUAGCUGAUGAUAAAUGAGGAAAAAACAGUUAGCAGCUCAUUAGCUUGGUUUAGCAUGAAGCUAAGUCAGAAUAACUUAUGAUAAAUGAGGGAAAAACAGUUGGAAGCUCAUUAGCUUAGUUUUGUUGAUCUGCUUUUGUUGAGUCUUUUUAUAAACAAAUAAAUAGGCUUUAGAUCAUGUUUACUCAGCUCAGCAUCAGAAGAGAUAUUACAAAGGAAACAAAGUAUAGACUGUAUAUAGAAUGGACGUCUUCUGUCUUCCACUGGGCGAAACCUCCACGAGAACAGCACCCCCUGGUGACUGGUUGUAAUAUAAGUCAUAAACCCCGCCUCCUAUAACAAAAUGAAUAGAGCUGUGGACUAACUUUAAAAAUUAUACAUGAGUCAUAUUCAUUUUCCUAACCCCAGGUUGCGUUGACAUGUAUUUAUUGUUAAACUGGUUUGUGCUAAAGUCCUUUUUUUCUGUGCAGUUUCAUUUUUUUAAAGUUAUGAGGUUAUAAAAACAGAAUAUGACAUAUUUUUGAGAGAGAGAAUAUUUUUGAGAAGAUUUCUUCUUUUUUUUUUAGGACAUCCUGGGGUGCACUGUUUGAGCAGAGUGUCAUCACUGCGACUCUCCCUCUGAACUAGUGCUGUUUUCCACUUUUUUCCUCGAUGAAGACGUGACGUUAAUGAGCUAAACAUAAGUCUUACAUGAUUAAAAUGUGACGAGACGAAUGUGCGUUUACGUUGACGAGACUAGAUGAAAACGUUAGUGGUGGACGACAAACAGAGUUGCAAAAUUCAUGAGCAUUUCGUCAGUCAAACGCUAAACAUAUAUUCUGCAGUGUUGUUUUGACGAAAUAUUUUCGUCAACAUCAUUGUCAACUAAAACAACACUGCUCUGAACGAUAAUGCACAAAUGCUCAAAGAAGGUAUGGGGUUGAGAAUUCUUGUUAAAGUAGUUCAUCUGUAACUUUUAACCUGGGCUUCAUUUGAUAAAAAGUAAAAAAUGAAAAACUAUAUCACCAAAAGUGUAGAGCAAAAGAGGAUAAGGGCCAUUUUUUUGUUUUGAGUUUUAUUUUAUUUAUUUAUUUCUUGAGAUGUCAAAUAUAACCUGGUUAAUCUGAGCAUUGACUGACCCAGUUGACCUCUGUCCCCACAGAGCAGCGCUCGGGUCAAUAUCUCAGAGGGCUCCUGUCCGGAGAGAAUCAUCACCAUCACUGGCUCCACAGACUGCGUCUUCAGAGCUUUCACCAUGAUCACAUACAAACUGGAGGAGGUAACUGUCCCUGUAAUGUCAGCAAGUGAAUGCCAUCACACACACAGAUGAAAAUGUUAUAACCAGGACAGGAGGGAUUAUGUCUCACAGGGUUUUUACAAAGGAAACAAGUGUGGAUGUAGCCAGACACUACGGACCCUUUUAGUGUGUGAGUAAACAGUAUUUAGUUUGAUUGUGGUGAGGAUUUUAGCUAAAGGAAAAUAAAUAUCCUUCAGAAACAUUGGUUGGCCGGUUUUCUUGGCUUGUUUUUGACAAGAUAGUCCAGGUUUCAGGUUUCUGUGAUUAUGGGAGACAGGAGAAAUCCAAUAUUGCUCUUAAAAUAUCUCCAAUUUCCGGUUAGAGGGUAAUGAUCACCCUUCAUACUCAAAAUGUCAUCCAUCAAUAGAAUACACCCUUGCUUUUAUUUCCUUUAACCAAAGUUGUCUUUGUUUUUGUUGGCAGGCAGUGGCAGCUGGUACAAGGUAGAAUUUCAGUUCUGAGACAUAUUACUCCUGCUAUUCUAGCACCAAACAACAUCAUUUCCAGACUCCUCUGUCACCCUGUAGCCUGUGGUGGCGAGCAAGCCCGUUUCUGCCUCCAGUUUUGUUUCUUUUGCCUCCAGCUAAUACCGUGAGGUCAUUAUGGCGGCGGUCCUAAAAGGGUCUGCAUGUACCAAGCCUUUAAAAGUUGUCAAAGUCUUCUUGGGGCCUGAGGAGUUUGUUUGUGAGAGGUAAAAAGACGCCAUUUCACCAGGUUAUUACAAGAAAUCAUUUCCUGAGCUUCAUCUCAACAUCACCACUAAUGGGCUUUUAUGGCUAUCGAUUAUACUCUAAACUGAAGUGAUGGAAGGAAAAAUUUAGCUGUGUUUCAUAGCACUGGAUGUGCUUUCAGAUAAGAUUACAGCACAGAGGGAAAUUUAGGAUAAGUGGAUUUAGCUGCUGCUAUAGAUGCAUUUGAAAGUAGGUGUAAGACGCUGGUGGUGUGAUGUGAAUUGUACAGUAAAUGAGUCAUCUGUUGGGCUAUUUCACCUUAACCAAUGUGUAGUUCACCGUCAGUGGGAGUGUUAAUGAAACUAAUUUGUAUCUGUUAUUGAGAGGGAUUUGUACAUCUUCUCAUCUUCUGCUAAUGAGCUAUAGACGAAGAGUUCCUCCUGCUAUUAAUCUCCAUGGUGACUGUCCAUCAGCGCGCUAAUUAAAUGGCAAAGUGAGGAGCUGUCUUCACUCUGAUUUAGCAUCACAGCGGACUCUGGCAAUGAAACAGGUGUUCCCUGCUCAGGUCGACAGCCUUCAGUAAACACACGCUGGCUGGGAGCACAGAGCAGGAUUCAUUAAAGAUCGCUCACACUCACCUCUUUUCAACCCUGGACCUCUUGUGUUUCCAUGGAAACGCGUUGGCUGACCCACUGCGUGCCUUUUCCACCAUAGUUGAGUUAUUGUUUGUGUGACACCUUUAAUUAAAAACAAAGAGAAAUAAUCUGCUUUUUGGCCACAGAGUAUUGGACUUGGCGUUUGUUUCUGUCUCAAUAGUUUAUGAGUACACAGGAGCACAGGCUCGCUUAGUUCUUUUAUUUGGCAGUCGAUCAUUUGUGCAAAUUGUGCAUGUUUUUUCUGAGCUUUAUGGAUGAAGUGCUUCCUGACUGCUGCCACAUGAGUGCUGCUAGGUUAUGCAAAUGAUCUCAUCAUGUAAAAAGAUAUCCUAAUGAAGCUGUAGAUAUGUAAAAGUAGCAUGCAUGUAUUUUGUUUUGAGACGUUGAGGCACAGCAUACAUGAAAGCAACAUAAUCUAUCUGCAUUUGGGUUCUAACCCAGCAGCAAUAUAAUAUGCUUUAGGGAUUUGAGCCCAGCGGCUCUUUGUGUGAGCAGUGCUCUUAUAACCCGCUGUCUUAUUUCCUCCACUUCACUCUUUUUUGCAAGGAUGGCACAGUGAAGUAUGAGAACUUUCACAGUUGUUAAGAUGUGGCUCAUAUUUUUAGAUCAAAUCCGGAAAAUGACGCCCAGAGUCUUAUGAUUGUACAGGCGAGCUACUAAUGAGACGAGACGUCAGAGAGCCUGAUCUGCCUGACUAAAUAUAGACACAGAGCAGAGAAGCAAAAGAGCCACAUCAGAAUCUGCUUUUCAAAUUCAAAGUUUACGGUUAUUGGAAACAUUAUGCAGCUCUCUUCAUAAGUAAAAUCCCCUGAGGUUACGCAUCCACACUGUCCCCUUCUUAAGUCAAACUCUGCAUUUCACUGCAAACAUUAACCGUUCAAAAACAAGCAGCGUGCUUUGCAUUCUGUCACACAUUUGUUGUGGGUUGAACUCUGAUGGGAAGAGAGACAGCGCGGCGUAUUUACAUUUCAAAGCUUCACAGAGAUGCACAGUUCAUUAAUUAAAAGCUCAAUCUCCACCCACCCAGCAGAGACACAGGAUGUUUGCUACCUGCACUGUAAAAACACAACACAGUGAGCUUCCUGAUCCAAAUACUGAUUAGAUACAGGUUUUAACUCACUAAUAUACAGCACACAUAGACACUGGAUGGUGUAUGAAUAUUACUGUGAACUGUGAGUAUCAGGUCAUGUAAGCUGCAUUUAUUUUUUUAGUUGUCAAGGACCGAGCCUCUGCAUUCGAUUUCAUUUUCUCAAAGGUUUAUGCCAUUAAAUUAUGUAAAGCAGGACCGUCACCAUAGUGGUUUUAUUAAAAUGGGACACUUAAGGAUUUGCCUUUUCAUUUUUCUUUGCUUAUAAAAACCCCUUUUCUCUUCACUGCAUGUUAAACAUUCAACUUUAAAGGAAUAAUUCAACAUAAUAUGACGAAAACAAGAAGUAGAAAUGACUCUGAUAUAGUUUAAAAGCAUCAAUACUCUCAAUAAGCUGUCUGAAAGGAAACAUGGGAGAAUCGUUCUUUUACAGUGUAAGUACCUUUACUCUUAUUUUCAACUGCAGAUGGACUGAAAGAAAUGAAAACCAGAGUAAAAUACUGUGUGGCUGUAUCAGGAUCCUGGAACCUUCAAGUGACUUUUCUGAUAUAAAAAAGACUUUUCUGAUAAAUGCGCACGUUUAUCUGUUUUGAAAAGGCCUCACCAAAGAGAAAUCCCAAGGUUACCAGUUUCAGGUUGCUCGUAGACAGAAGGAUACAUGAACAAUGUGAUGUGGCUCAGUGUUAUUCAGCCGGAUGAAGGGCACAAAGUGCGGUUUUUGCUCAAUAACGUUGCUGCAAUUAAUGUUUUCCCUUCAUGGACAUCGCAGCAGCAGCAGCACACGUGAGGAUUGUACAUCCUUCUCAGACCCCACACUAGACUGGAUUUUCUACAUUAUCAGUCCGCCUCCUGGUUUCCUUCAUACACUGGAAGAAUCCACAUGCAGAAGUUAAUUAGGUGCAAAUGCAGGAUUGCUCUUUGCUCGCUCUUCCUCCCCACUCAGGCUUCACCUGCCAUUUCCAGUAUAGAUCCCAUUGGCUUUUUUUUUUUCUGUUGUUCGAUUCGUUUGAUGCAGUUUAAAUUGAGCUUGGCUGCUUCUCAUAUGUAUGGCGCCUGCUUAGGUCCUCACAGUGCUGAGGCAUUGCUAAUAGGCAGUGAUGUGUUGAUUUGGCUCAACAUGAUUCGGCAUAAUUGGCGAUUCACUCUCUUUUUUUUUUUUUUUUUUCCCCGUUUGAUUUCCAAUAUUCAAAACAGUCAGCCAAGUGCUCAAUGAUUGAAGACUUGAUGAAACUGAAAUCAAAAGUGAGUUUGGAUGAAUGUGAAUCCUAAAUUGUUGAAUAAAAUUAGCUCGAUUCUAAAUCAGUGCCUGCACAGUCCUAAUUGUCGGAGUUAAUCCCUCCAGUGGCUUUUCUCUCUCCAUAUCCACCUUCACCCUCGCUGCCUGAUCAGUUCCACUGGGAAUCUCUUUCCUCUUUCUAUUCCACCACUCACCACUUUCCUUCUUUGCUUAUAUCUCCCUCCAGGACCUGACUACACUGGUGGCCAACGGCACCAUCAGCUCCAAGCCACCAGUCACCCUGCGGCUGGUCAUCCCUGCCAGCCAGUGUGGCUCCCUCAUUGGGAAGGGAGGGGCAAAGAUAAAGGAGAUCAGAGAGGUGAGCAGCCAGAACGCAAAUCUACUCCAUCCUCCUCUGCCAGGAAGGUCUAACAGUGAAAUAUGAAGAGAACAAAGCUGCUCCCACAGAUGAGGGGAAAAAAAAACUGCAGCUGUGAGGAAGAGAUAUAUCAUUCACCACAAUUCCGCUCUUUCUACCCUGCUGUGCUUUUGCCCUAUUAGAGUGUAGGUCCUACCGCUUGCACUGGUACGUUUUAGAUAUGCAUUUGAUUCAGAACUACUGCAGUCCAGGCAUAUUCAUAUUCAAAAGUUAAAUGAUCUCAUUUAUCUACCGCAAAAAUUAGUUUAUAAUAAUGAAUCUUUGACUUCUGUGUCUUACGAUAUUAUACGAUGCAUGAUCCGUUCGAUUAUCCCUCUAAGAAAACAUGAAAAUUAACAACGAACUCUACAAGAUUUACAUCAAACACCAAAAAAGACGAUGCAUUUACAGUUGCUACAGUAUAAAAAGCUUAGAGCUAUUUUAGCAAUUAUGUGCUGCUACAUUUUAGGUCACUUGGGGCUCAUGUAUCUGAUGUUGUUGUCAAGUACUGUCAAAAGUAGUGUGUUGAAUUACGUUUUUUGAGCCAAUACAAAUACACCAGAAAGUAACACGUAUGUUCAGUAACACAAAUGAGCCCUUUGAUAUACAGUAAAUAAAAAUGUGCACAAAUUAUGCGAACCUAAAUGCUAACUGUAACAAUUCUCACAUGCAUAUUCUUUGGUAGGUAUCAGCUACUAAUAUAAAAAACCCGGUGCUCUCCAAGUUCUCUAUAUUAUCUGGAAGACUUAAAAGUCAAACAUAAGGCAAUGCAACGUGCUUCUCAAUUAUUAAAUCACAUUCAUAUAUUAAAGAGCAUACAUGCAUUUCGCAAACAUACAUGUAUACAGAUGUUAAAAAUGUACAUAGCAUAACACAUACAGUACAGUUGCUCAUGGCCACACAUACAGGCAUAAACUAAUGAAAAAAUACAGCUUUUUAGCCAACUUUUAAAAGCUAAAUACUAGCUUUAACAAUGCUAAUAUGCAUAUUCUUUGGUUGGUAUCAACUACUUACUGUAUAUGAAAAACUUGGUGGUCUCUAUGUUCUUUAUAUCAUCUGAACCACUUAAGUCAAGUCAAACACAAGGCAAUGCAAUGAGCUUCUCAAUUAUUAAAUCACAUUUGUAUAUUAAGGAGCAGACAUGCAUUUCACAAACAUACAUGUAUACAGAUAUUAAAAAUGUACAUAGCAUAACACAUACAGUACAGUUGCUCAUGUACACACAUACAGGCAUAAACUAAUGAAUAAAUACUUUUAAAAGUGCUCAAUGUUGGGGUCCUUAGGUGGAGUGGGCAUAAAGGCUGAAUACUGCCUCCCCUGCUUUCACUCAGGAGACAACCACCUGUGGACCUGAGAGUUUUAGUUGACAUGUAGUUAGUUAGCAUGUCUUUUUUAUACAAAGAAACAGAGCCGAUUAUUAGGUUAUUAUUAGCAUUAUUGGAUCAUUGUUAGCAUCACAAAGCUCCUGUGAGUAGUUGUUAGCUGGUUGUAAAACAGAUAAAUUAAUAGUUAUGACUUUUAAUCACAUACAAAGGAAAAUGAGACCAUGAGGAACAAGAGUGAUUGUUUCUACGUUGUAAUAAAUGAGUGCCUGUAAACUCUGUCGGCAAGUACAUGUCAGAAGUGAUUAACUCUAUGCUGCUAAAUGAGUUUUACACAACAACAACUCAAAAUAAGGGCUGCAGUUGAAUGCUGACAAGCAGAGGCAGGACUUUUUUUGUCAUUAAACAUGACUCAAACAUAUUCUGGAUAUCGGUGCAGAGUAAAAGGGUACUACUUUGUCUGCUGGAGGCACAAACAUUCACUCCCAAAAUGUUUUUUUGUAGGAGCUUAGUGAAACUCCUCCCAAUACUGCUGAUCCUUUUACAGUUAUUUGACCAAAAUCUACCAUCCUAGUCAUAUUGAAAAUUUUGACCUAUUGACCUUCACAAAAAAUUCAGGUCAGGUCAUGUCCCCUGGAGACCAAGAACACCUCCCAACAAUUACAUGUGAAUCCAUCCUAUUGCUGUUAACAUCUCUGUGUGGUGUGGAUAUCAAACUAAAAUUAGAUAAGCGAUGAUAAAAGCAGGAAAUGCAUGAGACAACAUAGUCUGGACAGAUGACUCAGCAGAGCCAGUUUUAAAAAGGAAAACCUCCUGACUUCACUGAGGCUCAGUUGAAACAUCAGGAUUAAACUGAUCAGAUCGACUGCCGCAGACAUCUGACUCUGUAACUUUAGCUCUGCACUCAUCUCCAAAUAGAGCUGCUCUCAUUUUCUGCGGUAAGACAGAUUUUCUUUAUUUCAGUUACAGAUUUGUUUUGUUUGGUUGCCACAGGACACAAGCUCUCAUAUAGAAGCAUUUUGUUAUGUGUGUGGUUCAACAAUGGCCUCCAGAAACACUGCAGCCUGAUAUAGACAUCGACCAAAUAGAUAAAUCAUAAAGAGCAUGUGCUUCAGGCCUGCAGACAUGCUUUAGCAGAAACGAAUCACCAAAAACUGGGAGAAUUAGGUCUGCUGACCAUGGAUGACUUUGUAUUUCUAUCAAAAAUUGAAAACAAAGUAUGCGUAGUUUCUGUCAGUGUUUGUGGGAAAACAUAAGAUAUUAAAAAGCCAGCAUGGGAAUCACAGAAGACAGCCAUCGCCAUAUUAUCAUGGCAGGUCUCGUCUGUCGAAUCAAACUUAAUCUCUUUUUUUAAACCCCUAUCAUUUGCAGAGCACCGGAGCUCAGAUACAGGUGGCAGGGGAUUUGCUGCCCAACUCUACCGAGCGAGGGGUGACGAUAUCUGGGAAUCAGGACUCUGUAAUCCAGUGUGUCAAGCUCAUCUGCACGGUAAUCCUGGAGGUAGGAAGUGUCCCAUUCCUCUUUUCAUUCACCUCGCUGACAUUUUGUCAGAUCUCUGCUGCGGCUGCUACGUGACGGAAAUAAUUGCUGUUAAUAUGCAUGUUUUAUUUCACAAGUUAAUGUCUAUUCCACUGCAGCAGAAGUUAAUGCAUUUUUAGUAGGCCGCCGAAGUCUUGUGUGUUAUGUAAUGCUACCUCUGAAAGAAGUCGACUGGAUAUAGAGUGCUGCAGAGCGGGGAGUCAGUACCGUUAUCUUCAUCUCACAGAGGAAACAUAAAGAGAGAGCACACUUCCUUUAUUGUUUGGACCUUCACUGCUUUAAUCUGCCGGGUUAAGACAGCCGACAGAGCCAAGAGGUGCAGCUCAGGUCAGAACUCGGUAUUGUCGGAGAGGACACUAAGCUGCUAACGGAAAACAAAUCUCCCCGCAGCGAAAUCUGUCCACCUUUGGACAACAGCUCUCUUGAGAAAAUCGAGGAGGAGAUGAGAGAAAAAACAACCCCAAGCACAGUUUCUCCCUGUGUGUUCAUGGAAGUGCACAAGUCCUUUUUGUUUUAGCAUCGCAGCUGGACCUGACUGACUAAUUGCUAGUUUGAUCCAGUUUUCCAGGGCUUUCUUCAAAGGCUUCCAAGUUUCAUUAGGAUUCUGUACCAGCGGCCGCUUGCUUUUGGCUCCAAGAUUUAAAUUAUGCAAAGUUAUACAAAGAAUUUGCUGUGACUGCUGCGGCAGAAAAGAUGCUCUACAUUUUCAAUCCUGAAACAGUAUCACGAACAUUGCAGCCACUCGAUAAGAUAUACAGUGUCGUGUACACUGUAUAAUCCCCCCUUUUUGAUUGGUGUUUGAAGAAUUUUAUCUUUAAAUUUCUGCUUGUCAGUGGGUGCUUGAUUUAUCCAGAGGAUGAACCGCUGCAGGGCCCGCAGCUUCAACGCAAACCGAAGCUCAGAGCGGUUAUCCUCCAAGAAAUCUUAGUUUAACACUUCAAUUAUUCAAUGAAUGAGUCAAAAUAUCAAAGAAAACAAGGACGGGGAUAAUACUUGCAUCAGGAGUGGUUUAGUUGCUGUAUCUUAACGUACUGGAGAGUUUAAUAACAGAUACAUUAAGUGGCUCUUUCUUGAUGCUGAUGACACCCUAGAGCAUGUGGAUUCAUGUCUAUGAGUGUUUUUGUGUUGUUUUUCCUCCUUAGUCCCCUCCAAAGGGUGCCACCAUCCCCUAUCGACCGAGUCCCUCACCAGCUGCAGUCCUUAUCGCAGGAAAUCAGGUGAGAGAGUGAAAUUUUACCACAAAAAUAAGCCAGUGAGUAAAAAAAAAAAAAACAAUGUCAGAACCCGGUGGCUCUCCUCCGAUGAUGUUGUGGCCUCUGGCGGAGACAGCCAAUAUGUCAUGGCUUCCAGUGUAGCUAGCGGUUAAAGAAGAGGGACUCUCAGUCACGACUUUGUGUGUCAUCAGAGUUUACAGUCCUGUGAGCAAUUUGAAAACCAGAAGGUAGUUGGUGUUGAGAAUUUAGGCUGCACUUACACACAGAUAUCUGUUCAUAAACAUUCAUUUGAGCUCAAUCGUUCAUAGGCGACUGCUGCAUGUGUUAUAGAUUUGUCUUUUGCUGCAGUUCGACAAAGUAUCACUCAGGUUUUAUCAGGUAUAUGCACAUAUAGACUCACAGUUCAUGAUCUCAUUCUUUUUGCUUCAAUUUUUCUGAUACUAUUCAUGUUUUUUCUUUUAAAGUCAGAUGCUUAGAGGGGGUUAGAGGCCAUCACAAAACAAAAUCAGAACUCUAUAUCCUUGGUAGCGGUUCUGUGAGAGAGUAUGAUUGAUGAGAAUGUCACUGAUUUACUUCAGUCUUCUGACAAGGUGUGACAGCGUGUCUUACAGACUGGUUAUUUUCCAUCUUUUUUUUGCACUCUGGUAAACCAAAACUGAAGUAACUCAAGUGGUAACUCUGUGUGGUAUUGAGAGAAAAAGGUGAUGGACAACCAAAGUUGUUGCAGUUCAUCUCCUGGGAAACAUGACUAUCGUGAUCAAUUCUAGCAGUUCUAUCAAUAGGAAGUGAAAACAAUUAAGUCCUGCCACAUCCAGUCGCAAAAACAGUCCAUCGCUUUUCAUUUACUUUGUAUGCUGUGAUGGUUCCUCCUUUUUCUUUCGUCUUCUGGUGAAGAAAACACAGAAAAUACAGUGAUGUAAAACCUGCUGUGUGGCUGGAUGAACUUCUAGCAGGGUCAAGAACCCAGAGCUAAGUUUUUGUAAGCUGCUAGACAGUAAAAUUGAACUCUUAGAAGACAAAAAUGGAUACAGGCAAUAAGGAAAGAUGCAUCAGUAGGAGGAAAGAAAGGGAAAGCUAUGGGAUUGGGACAGUUGGUAUGCUCAGUGUGCACAUAAAGGCUUUCUGUGCUCUUUUCAUGCCAAGCUUUUAUUAGAUCUUUUAUAACAUCAGGGAUGUAACUUUGAAAGAGCCGAGGGUAUGCGCCUUGCUUAUUAUUUUAUGAGUCACAGUUGCUGGUUUGGCCGAGCAAAAAGUAGAAAUAGAGGCUUAGAUUAUGCUAUGGUCUGAUCAUCCUAUCUGGUUAGCCAGUAUGAUCUAAUAGGCCUUCACAAUACAGGGAAAAUAUGUGAUGUGUUAUUAUAUCACUGGAUAUUAUCCUUUUUUUUUUCACUGUUAAAUUGGCUCCAGUUGGGUCGCAGAAAGCUAGCUUAAGCUUAAGCCCCCACGCACCCCAAAUAGAUAGAUAGAUAGAUAGAUAGAUAGAUAGAUAGAUAGAUAGAUAGAUAGAUAGAUAGAUAGAAUAAAAUAAAACAGGUUUAAAUAAAUGGAUAAAUAACAAAAAUAGAUACAUAUUUAUUAAUUUCUUCUCAAAAAAAAGUUGCAAAAUGAUCAACAAUUAAAAACAGUUAAAUAAAAUAAAAAAUCAAAAGCUGUAAACGGCUGUGGCCAAUUAAAAAAAGCAAUAUAUCAGCGAACAAGGUGAAUAAAAUCUAUUCAAAUCUAUCUUAUUAUAUUGAAUUUCCCCCCCAAGGAUAAAUAAAGUUCUUCUUAGCUUAUCUUAAAAAUUCAAAUAAAUACAACUGAUUGCAAACAAGUAAUAUCCAAUACUUUAAUAGUAAUUCAAGGCUUCAGACACAUGUAGAACAAAAGCCAAAGGAUAGUUUCAGAGUGUAAGAAGAGAUUUAAAAGAGGUCACAGAGUUUACCUGCCUGACAUCCUCAGAAAGAGUAAAUGAUGUCAAACUGCGGCCAUAAUACAUAUUGAAUGAAAAACUAUUGCUUAUUCACAUGGAACAACUUUUCUUGUAUAUUAAGAUAGAUUGAGGCUUCCUCUACAAAUGCUCAUGAUGAAAUGAUGAUUAAUUGCUCAGUCCUGUUAUAAAAUAUACCACUCCACCUCUGGGUAUACAGUGAGGUAUAAUUUUCCAGGGAAAGCAGAUAGGAGACUGAGCUACACUGAAUACUCUGUGUACUUCUCCCCCCCUGUGUUACAAAUAUGGUGCUAAAAUAAUCCUUUGGCAUGCUAAAUAUGAUGUUUUUUUUGGCUGUCAGCACUUGGUUGUUGUUGAUGUUUUUCUCCAUGGUGGGUAUGGUUUUCAGGGAAUGAGAGCUUGUCGCCGACUCUAUCUAUAUAAGCUAAACACCUUGUUUAAAACUAGCCAGCAUCAGCUGACUGUGAUUUACUCUCAUCAACCUGGUGGUGGUGCUGCAAAAGAGAUAAGGGGAGACUUUAACCUGCUAAAGGCACAAAAUGGGGAAAAUAAGGAUCACUGUGGUCAUUAUAGCUCAAGCUUAGGCACCAUGAUUGUGUUUACCGUAUUCAAUACCUGCAUAGAAAUGUCAGUGCAAACCUAAUAAAGUGUCUACAUGGAUGACAGUGGAUUAGCAUUAACUGCAAACAUGCUAACCUUCCCUACCAACACAGAGCCAAGAGUCAGCAUCAUUGAGCUUCAGGAGUGGGUUUCACCAUCGAUCAAAUAUUUUGUUCUUGGCUCACUGUCGAAACACGACACAUAGGUGCUCCUCAGUGGGGGAUUGGGUGGUUUUGGAGAGUGUGUGAGAGUGGGGUUGAGUGGUGCAGAUGCCGCUGUUUGAGAAGGGACAGAUAUCCGCCCUCCCAUGGAGCAAGUCACAAGAUUAGCGAGUGAGCCUGGAGGUCUGCCUGCCGUCUCCUGCAGCUACAGCAGCAGCCAGAUAUUCUGCAUAGCUGUCAGCAGUUCUGACGCUGUUUGUGCUGCCUCAGACUCCGCUCAAUUUACAGAAUGGCUUUGUGUUUUUGAUAUUCCCCAUAAUAAGCUAUCAAAUUAAACCCCGGGCGAGGCAGUGGUCACUGGGAGAAGGCUUUAAUGAAGGCUGCGCAGUGAUAAGAAAUGUUUGUGUAAUUUGUCAGAGGAGGAAAUGGAGUGGAAUGGGGAAAGGGUCUGAGGAUGAGUCAUGGCCUAUAAGCCUGUUAGGUGUGUUAAAGUGUCAGAAAUGCUGCCUCCAGAGACCAUCUUGGGACAAAUUUGAUCUGCAAUGAGAGCCUAAAAAUACGGAAUUGGAGGUUUUUACUCAUUAUUUUGACGUCAAAUUUAUCACGGAGGGUUCAGCUCAUAAGCACAUAUUAACUUCCUCUAAUCACCACUCUGGUUCCAAAAAUAGCAACUGUAAGCAGAUGUAUAUAUGAAGAUUUAUCAGUAAUGAGUUACAUAUUUUCUCCUUGUGCUUCUCUUCUGUUUUGAAGGUGUUUGAGGCGUCAGAAUUUGCACCCCACCCUCUCUACUCAGUCACACAGGGUGGCCUGGACCUCCAGCAGGUAAAUGGACAAGAUAUCCUUUUAUUCUUUUAAACACCGGAUCUUUAACUUCAGAGAGGAGUGCGAGAGUGAGUUUAAAGGGCCGUGUGGAGCUGGGUGGCAAAUGAGAGCGAGGGCUUGUAUGGCAUGUCCAAAUUUACACAGCCCAUCAUCUGGCGCGAGGCAUUAAAAACAACAGCUGAGCGUAAGCUGUAGCUAUUGUUCUACCCCCCUGUCAUAAGAGCUAUAACCCCCUCCUGAAACACGAUGCCAUCACACAGCACUACCGCAGCUCUGCCGGCUCUUUUUUAAAUCCUACCCAGCUCUGCACCAGAAACAUUUCGGCUUUACGAAUAUUCCUCCCAUGACAGCAAUAGCAGACGCUGUCAUAAUAUCAGAAUGGGAGCAUAAGCCUCUGAAAAAUCAGGCCGUGGAUUUGAAGGGAAAAAAUGUAAUUGUGGGUAAUGAGUUUUAAAAGUUUACAAUCUUGAUCACUCAUGCUGCAAAUGAGAGGAUUAAUGCUUCUGAUUUGAUCUGUUCUUGUUCUUUCCUAGUAAAAAACAAAGCUGUAAUGUGCUGAUGCACCAUAAUGUCCAGGAUCUCCUCUUCAGUUUAUGACCAUGUAGGAAUAGUAGCCAGACUGCUGGCGUCAGGGGGAAUUGAAUUAGAGCAGAUAGAGAGAGAGAUAGGAGGACAGACAGAAAGACAAUGACUGAUAACUGGACACAGAUGCAUGGUUACAUACUGCAGAUAGAUGUACAAAAGUGAAGAUUAAUGAAAGUAAAGUGAGCAUGGAUGGGCUGAGUGAGAGAGAGAGAGAGAGAGAAAAGGGGGUUAACAUAUGUGAGUCUGCAUAAUUCAGUAUGACGGAGGGGGAUGGGUGAUGCUUCAGGUAGAGCUUCAGACGAUGAAAGAAACGCAAAUGAGCGAGAGAGAUUACUGCAAAGAAAUGGGGCAAAAGGCUGAGUACUGCACGGGUCAAACACCGGCGACUGUUUGUAUAAAUAAAGCGGGAAAUUUAUCCUCUAUCCUGAGUAAAACAAAGAGAUUUUCAGAGAUAGAUUCAAGGACUGAAUUUUACAUGACUUUCAGCUAACCGGCAUGACCGCAUAAGUGAUCUGUUACGGCUCUAACCAGGGACUAUUUUUAUUUAAUGAAUGCUUCUGACAAAUCCUUUAAAGGGGCAGUACACUUCAAUUAUUCACCUCUUGUUUUAUUUUGCAUGUCAUAUAAACAAUUUAAGUUGUUUUUCCCCCCUCUCAUGGUGGGCUUCUUGGUGUCGCCCCAGUAUAGUAGAGGAAAUUUGCAGGUAUUUGAUCACAGGUCUGAGUACAAAGCAUUUGAAUUUAGCAUUAGAUUUGAAUGUGAUUGAUGUAUGAAGUAUCAAAAUAUGAAAUUACUCAAUCUGGAUCGAUAAACGAAGUACACAUGUCCAAUGAACUGACUUUUCUUUGACAGGAUAGUCCACCAAAACUUUUCACAAAACCUACUUCACAGUCCGCAUAAAAGCCAUCCACACUGAGGUCUGUGGAUUAUCCCGAGUAACGGGUACACUCUGUCGAGAAAGAAAUGUUCCUGUUGAAUAUUUUAUAUUUCAUCUUUUAUGCUGGGAGAACAAACUUCCAUUAACCUACAUUGCAUCAGGGCGGAGGCAGAAAGUCUGACGUUGCUUCAAAAACCCGAACAAAAAUAUUUUAAAAGUGUGGCUCGCUUCUGCAGUGAUCAAGAUGUGAGUCUGAAAAAUACGAUCUGUUUGCUUGAUCGCCUUCUCUCUGUUUAAAUUCAGGGUUAAACCGCAAAAACUCAUUUUUCUUAUUGUGAAAAACAGGCUUGUAUUGACAGUGAAGCACUUCCAUUAAGAGGCAGCAGAUUUAUUGCCUGUGCGUGAUGUUUUAUUGCUGUAAUUUACCUAAUGCAGGAUGCUCUCCUCUUCCAGGCCUACACUUUGCAAAACCAAUACGGCAUUCCACACUCUGAGGUACGGCCAUUUGUGGAAAUAUCAUAAUUAAAUACAACAUGAGUAGUUUAUAGUUUUAGUGCAUUAUGCUUUGCUUUCUGUUCUGCAGCUGGCCAAGCUACAUCAGCUGUCGAUGCAGCAAGGCCUGAGUCCCAUUGCCCAGCCUGCUUCCACUAUGAUACCUGGUACGUACGUCAGUAUCAGCUCUGGAUUCUGUCCCUUAAGUCGAACAAAUGAUUGAACAAAGCAAACGGUCUUUGCUUUCGUCUUUGCUCUGCUCUUUCAUCUGUAACUUGCCGAAGAUUUUCAACCUGCUCCAGACAUGAGAAGAAAAGAAUCGCUUACAUUAGCCGCACUGAUUAUGAGCUUGUGUCAGUGAGGAGGGAGGAGAAGCGGCUUUAUAGCUCUCUCAUAGAAACUAUUAUGUGAAAUGAUACGUUCGGCAGAGUCAGAGAACUGGGUGAGAGAAAAGAAUGAGUGCCGCGUUAAACAUCAGUCCAUUAAAAUGGAAAUUAACUGCUUUACUAUAUCUAGCACUUCACCGCUCAAAGGCUUUUUUUUCUUCGGCAUUUGAAUAGUGUAUUUUUGUGACUAAAGGAGUUGAAUGAAUAAUAAAAUGUCUGAUAUGUCAAUUUGAUUCUGAGGAUGUUUGUAUUUUCUGUCAUCAGGGAUGGACUCCAACUCUCAGACAUCCCAGGAGCUGCUUAUUCCCAAUGAUGUAAGAAGAACAACAACUUACUUUCCGAGUUUCAUUUUUUUAUGUUGUUUUUGCCUUCACAUCUGACAAACAAGAAGGGGGGAAAAAAAACAGGAAGUCAUCGCUCAUCUCACAUGUACACAGCAAAGGAGCAGGAGAUUUUUAGAUGCAGUAGCUGCAUCUGCAGAGACUUCAAAAGAGAUGGCAGACAUGUUGGCAACUUCCUAAUUAUCCCCAUUAUUCUAACCUCAGACUAACCCAAGGUUAAAGGGAUUCUGAGCUGAUAUGGAUCCUUUGGCAUUAUUGUCUGUGCUGCAGUUGCAGUGUCUUAGAGUGACUCCCAUGAGUGCUCAGUAAAUCCUCUCAUGUUCCCUGACCUACUUAGAGGCUGUCUGCUGUCAAAACAGCCAAUAAGAAAACAGACAAAGAUCCUUUCCCCUCUUCACUUAGCCUCCGCCAGGGUUUGAUGAGAUGUCUCUCCAAACUGAGAGUGGAAAUCACAAACCUAUAGGUUCACUUUAAAAAAAAAAAAAAAGACCGCGUGCAGUUCCCUUCGGCUGGUCACUCUUGUAAUCCGCUCAGCUGGUUUUGGACAGAAAGCAUCUGGCUUUUAAUUGCAGUAAUUUGCUUCCUAUUGAAUUUCGUUUUUGGAAAAAUGAGGGAUGGGGGAAGCUUUCCUCUGAAGUGAAAUUUAUAAUUAGGCCAUUUAUAAUGUAUAACUUAAUUUGCAGAUGUUACAUCCAGUAUGAAGCAUAAUCAUUAUCAUCCAGGGUGAAUUAUUGCUCUGAAAAUGACGUAAAUCCUACAAAUAUGCAAAACAGCGCAGGAUACGCUCUCUUGAUACUUUCCUUUUUUAGACAUGAAACAUUUCAUUAAAGCUCCUGUGAGGAGUUUUUAGUGAGUUAUGAAACAGACUGAAAUUAACACUGAAGUCUUUUUAUGACCUAAAAAAGCAAACAAGACCAUCAACAAGAGGAGGGACUAUUUCUAGAUAUUUAUUUUUACUGUCUGAAUCAACCGGCAGAGGGGUAGAUGUCAGAUACAGCCUUUUUUUUUUCUCAUGCCUCUUAUUGAGUGAUACAUUUGGCUGUUUAAAGAGGGCAAGAGGAGAUAAACAUGUACGGGACAAAAGACUCUCAUAUGUUUAUAUUGUUCAGUUGCUUUUUUGUCUUUUAAGGGAAAAAAAUAAAACUUCAUCUCAAAUUUUAUGCCCGAGCAAAGAGGACAUUUUCAGACAGAGAUACCAUACAUUCUAGCUUCGCUGUCUUUGUUUUUAAAAUAGACAAAAGAGACUGAUGAGUUUCUCUGUACUGUAUCAGCUAUAGGCUAAACCCUUCAGCAACAUUUCUAAAAUGCCUGCAGGUUUUUUUCUUUCCAUGUAAACCCCCGCGUGGCGAGUGGCACAAUGCAUCAGAGGACUGAGGGAGUCCAGUUCUAUACGUGACAGGGACAGCUGUAAGCUCCAGCCAUUGUUCCAGAAGAGAGGACUUACAGCCAUGACUGAGCCUCCUCAGCCCUCCGUCCUCCCUCAGGCGGAGCGCGCUCCCUCCACACAAUCCCGCCCUGUGUGCUCACACACACUGAACACAGAGGGGACUUUCACAUACACACACAGAUGCAUUUAAAACUGCUCGCACCCCGUCAGCAGAAUAUUACGUACUUCUUCUGCACAUGGAAGAUUUAGCCUGAAGAAAAAUGGCUGCACCCUCAACAUCCCAUCCCUCUUCCUGUUGUCCUUUCAAAUGACUGCCUCAGCAGGAACUCAACAAAAUAUAGGCCACUAAUAUGAAGAGCAGAGGCAGCUUUAAUGAUCGCACACUCAGGAAAAGUAAUCACCACGGCCAGCAUACCUGAGGUGCCUCCUGUGAGAUUUAUUUAGCUCUGGCUGCAAUUUUAAAGUGUUGUUUUUUUAAGGUUGUUCAUACAGGAAUGCUGUUGUCUGAGGUCAUACACACCAAAGUGGGUGAGCUGUUGACAGCUGGCGUCUAUUGACAGCUGCUUUAAAAGCCCAGGGUCCAGAAGAGAUUCCUGGUCUCGGAGGGGAGGUGUUGGCUUGGAGGGGAGGGGGGCUGUUAUCUGUGAUUUGAGGUCUGUAGUGGCUAUUGUCUUUGGAGUUGCUCUGUAGGAUCGGUCCCUCUGAAGCUCCGCCCCCCUCCCAUGAAUAAACUGCUGAGCCAAUAAUAGCCGGGCGGACCAAACAGGUCGCUGUGUGACAAAUCAGACAUUGUGGAACAGGCUGCUUACUUCUCAGGAAAGGAAUGCAAAACGCAGAGACAAGUGCAGCAUGAACACUCUGUGUGUGUGUAUAUGUGUGUGUAUAUAUAUAUAUAUAUGUGUGUGUGUUUUUUUGGACCUGUGUGUUGGUUGCUGUUUAGCUGCCACCACACACAAACAUAUGACAAGUACUUCAUCACUGUCUGCCUCACUCACAUGCAUAUCUGGCAGCAUAACCCUGUCACCGAGCUCUGACACUGCGCACUUGAGCUGAUAUGCACUCCUUGGGCUCCUGCUCUGUUAAAUAUCUAUCAGUGUUAAGAGGCGGGGGUCCAGGUUGGCUAAUGAAAGCACAACAAAAGUGAUAAUGUAUUUUGGAAUACAAUAAAAACCCAUGUCAUUGUCUAAUCCACUCCCGGCUGAGGGAGAAGCCGACAGGUCUGUACAUUAUAUAUCGGAGUUAUUUUCCCAUUAUGUUUUUCCAUUAGCGCAGAGAUGCAUCUCGCCGGGCGUGCGUUUGGGAAGUGAUUUGUUUGGGAAGUCAUCACCACUCUGAGGAAUCAAUAACCUUUUAGCCACUCAGAUUAAUGAGAGGCAAAUGUGCCUUCUCUGGUCUCUUUUACCAGUGCACGUGCAGAAGCAAUUAAGGGAGACUCAGAGGUGGGGGGUAAGGGUGGGGGUAAGUGGUUUUGACAUGCAUGAUGGAUGAGCAAUCCACUGAAGACAAUGUAAUUUCAAUUUUUGAAGUGGAUUUGCAGUAAGUCGGUUCAAUAAGGGUGCAAACUUUUGUUUUGGUUCCUCUCCUCUUCUGGAUUCUGUUCAAUUGUUUUCAUUUCAAGCUUUGUUCAGUGAUUUGCUGACCUUUUCCUUAUAAAUAAUGCCUAUUCCUCUUCUGUGUAUCUACAGGAUGAUUCAUCUUUUUUUUUUUAACUAACCACCUGACCCCUCUCACCUUCUCUCUGCUGCAGCUGAUCGGCUCGAUCAUCGGCCGGCAGGGCACCAAGAUCAACGAGAUCAGGCAGGUGUCCGGUGCUCAGAUUAAAAUUGGCAGCCAGCUAGAUGGGACAAGUGACCGUCAUGUCACCAUCACAGGAACACCGGUCAGCAUCAACCUGGCCCAGUACCUCAUUACCUCCUGGUAAGACCCGGUGUACAGGCGUCUAAUGAAUCACUGCGAGUGCAGGCCUGAGAAAGAAAGGCAUUGGUUUAAAAGGGUCAAAGGUCAUUCGAUAGAGUGAUAAGUGAUAAUGAGGUAUGUCCUUGUGCUGCUGGUAAUUGGCCUCGAGGGAGUGAGUGAAAGAUUGGUUGUGCAGCUCGACAUGGAGGCGGUGAUUUUGUUGGAAUUCGUUGUCUGCAGUGAAGCUCUGGCAUGUCGUUUUUAAUCAGCUGUCUCCAUCCGUAAAUAUUGUGACACAACACAAGACACAAUGUUUUAGCAUUUAAUCAGUGAAAAAUAAAAACAGGACGACUAUUUGCAUAUAAAAGUACUUAUGCAGAUUACAUAAGCUGAAGCAAUAAAGAGAAUAAAAAGAGAAAUAAAUGAGACAAUGUAUAAAUAAGAAACAGUGUGAACAAUAAAAGAAGGCAGCUGCUUUCACAGUAAAUACAGCAGCAACAUUUAGCCUCCAUUUUUUCUUUCUUUAUAUUAAUUAAAUAUGAGCGCCAAAUUCAUAGAACUAUGCUUUCUUAAUGAUGAUAUUUAGCGCCUUGUAGCAGUAGAGACUGUGGGGAUGAUAAAUGCAUUCACCUCUCAAUGUUUUUUUUUUUCUUUUACUGUUUGCCAAAAACAAAGAGAGCGAAACAAAAGAAUACUUACUGCGGGGCUGUGCUGCAGCCAAAAAGAGCCCGGUGCUCUGCUUCAAGUGUGAAAAUUAAAAUAAUGAUUAUGUUCUUAGAUCAUUUUUCAGAUUUAUUUUUUAAACAAAUGUUCCUUUUUUUGGCAGACAGAGGAUUGUGCAGUAUGAAACUCUACAAAAUUAUCAUUACUUGGAAAAAAUAGACCUACUGUAUGUGAAGUUACAGGGAACCCUUAUAAAAAAAUGUGUGUGAGACUCAGAUAUGAUUAUGACGACUAGCAAGGAAUAGCUCAUAAACACAAGUUGAAAAAAAAAAUCAAGAAAUCAUGAGAUGAUGGUUAAAAAGUCCCCACAAUGCCCUACAGGAUAAAAUGGUGAGAUAGUAGUGGUUUAUGUCUAAAAGGUAGAAGGUCAUCUGGAGCGUGAUAUCAUAAUGUCUGCCAAAAAUCUUCAUUAAUUCCUCUGCUGCUGUGUCACACACACUUACUGGUUUCCCAGAUUUUGAGCUUCAAGUGAUUAUUGUUGCACCAUGUGACGAGCCUCUCUAUCUAUCAGGGCUCUGUGCUCCUCUGUAAAAAUAGUCUUCAAGUGAAGACAGCAUGUUUCUGAGCGGAAAAAGAAAAAGUGUUCACUGAAACUAUUUCUGGCAGCGAGCAGCUUUCAAACACAAACAUUCAGACUCAGUCACGGUUUGGUGCAGCACUGUGGUAACCCUUUAUAAUAACCAUUGUAUACUGUAUAUACGGUUAAAUGACGACUAACUGAUGAUCAUUUGAGAGUUAAUUCACUUUAGUUUAUAAUUUUUAUUUAAAUUGAUAAUAAUGUUGGCUUACUAUUAUAAUUCUGAUUUAUUUUUUCAGCACUUAAUGCCAAAUAAAAUCAUUAAUUUACACAUUAUUACAUUUUAUGAUAAGUAUUUUAUUCAGUAUUUGUUUUAGGUUGUAAAAUGGGGUUUUAAUGGCUGAUUCAAGUUGCACUUUAUUAUUUAAUACUUCAUAUAAAUUCUUUAUACAGCAUCCCAAACUUUAAUUUACAUAGAACAUUAAUACUUUGUCAGGGGUAAAUAAUUUGACUUUUAACAGGCUAUAAAUCUUAUUUGGAUGGGUAUUAUGUGAGAAUUAGUUCCCAAGGGACUUAAUUGAUCACACAGAGUUUUUCACAUCUUCAGCUGAUUAACAGUUUUAAAGUUGCAACUCUUGUGUAGAAUACUGCUUAAUAAAUACUUAAUAUAUUUAUAUUAUUUGGAUGGCUAUUAUAAAGUUGCGCCAAACCUAGAGGAUAUUAUUUUCACUACGGGCUGCAUUACGUCAUGGAAAACAUUUAAGGAAGUGUAUCGCACUAACAGGCCACAUUCUCUGAGAGUCACCACAGAGAAGUGAUUAGCAAUGUAGUAAUGUUCACCACAACCCCAACGUUAUUCAGCCGCUCAGUCAUUGUCAUAUGAAGCGCACACUAGACCUCUAAAAAGCUGCUGUGUAAUACAUUUGUGGUUAUGGGACUCGCAUGUUCUUUAGGUUCCUCAUGUCAUUUAAGAUGCAGAGUGGGUCUGAUACCCUGAUGCUUAGAAUUCCAUACAAUGACGUCAACAUCCUGUGAACAGGCUAGUAUGCAAGCUUACAUGUUAGCCUGCCGUGUAUUAGACUCCUUGUAGAGGUUGGAGUGUUUUCUUCCUUUCAUGCCACUGUUUUGUACAAUGUUUUGCAGAAUUCUUGUCUUUUUUAUCCUUUUCUUUAUGAAGUUGUCAGGUUACAUCUCUAGGUCUUUCUCUAGAGCUACAAACUCGUAGUUUGUUGUAGACCUGUCAGCAGGCUUUGCAGUGAGGGGUCAGUGAAGCUCCCCUUUUAAAGAUAAGAAACUUUCCCCACUGUUUCAGCCGCAGUAUAAUCCUCUAUUCUUCAUUCUGUCCUCCCCCGUCCUCUCUGCCCUCAUAGUUUAGAGACCGCCAAAUCCACGGCCCAGGCAGCCACCAUGGCAGCUCCGGUCGACCUCAACAUGGCCUUCACCCAGCCAGCCUCCCCUGCUGCCUCCCCUGCACCCACCCUGGCCACCGUGGGCGCCCUGACCCCAGCUCAUAUGCUGGGCACCCCGUACGGAGCCAUGCCCCUCUCAGGCCUGCUGGGGGUGAAGUCUGUCCCUUUUCUGACUCUGUCCAGCCCGGCCCCCACUGUGGCCGUCACCGCAGCACCCUCCCACUCUACUCUGGCCGCCUACACCGCCAAAAUCUCCACAGCCAACUGCAUUAAAAAGCCAGAGAGACAGAAGUUUGCCCCCUACUGA